GCCAAGAACAUCCUAAUAGCUUGCGGCACAAAUACAACUUUAUUGCAGAUGUGGUGGAGAAGAUAGCUCCUGCUGUGGUUCACAUUGAAUUAUUUCGCAAACUCCUGGCAAAAAAAAAGAAAACUUCCUUAUUCGGCGGUUCAGGGUUCAUCGUCUCAGAAGAUGGACUGAUAGUGACAAACGCCCAUGUCGUCACCAACAAAAACCGGGUGAAGGUGGAACUGAAGAAUGGUGAAACAUAUGAAGCUAAAAUUAAAGAUGUUGAUGAAAAAGCUGACAUUGCACUAAUUAAAAUAGAUUCUCAGGGUAAAUUGCCAGUUCUUCUGCUUGGUCAGUCUGCAGACUUGAGGCCAGGAGAAUUUGUGGUUGCGAUUGGAAGUCCAUUUUCUCUUCAAAACACGGUGACUACAGGGAUCGUUAGUACCACUCAGCGUGGAGGGAAGGAGCUGGGGCUCCGCAACUCCGAUAUGGACUAUAUUCAGACCGAUGCCAUCAUCAACUAUGGAAACUCCGGAGGACCCCUAGUAAACCUGGAUGGUGAAGUUAUAGGAAUUAACACAUUAAAAGUUACAGCAGGGAUCUCAUUUGCUAUCCCAUCGGAUAAAAUCAAAAAGUUCCUAACUGAAUCCCAUGACAGACAAGCUAAAGGAAAAGCUAUAACCAAAAAGAAAUACAUUGGCAUUCGAAUGAUGUCUCUAACUCCUAGCAAAGCUAGAGAGCUGAAGGAUCGCCAUAAAGACUUUCCUGAUGUUGUCUCUGGGGCCUAUGUUAUUGAAGUAAUUCCAGAAACACCAGCUGAAGCUGGUGGCCUGAAGGACAACGAUGUGAUUAUAAGCAUCAAUGGACAGUCGAUAAGUUCAGCCAGUGAUGUCAGUGACAUUAUUAAAAAGGACAGUACGUUGAACAUGGUUGUACGCAGGGGCAACGAAGAUGUUAUGUUAACAGUAGUUCCUGAAGAAAUCGAUCCCUAACCAGAAACAUGAGCUGGAUUUCAUGUUUUCUUUUAACAGCAUUGGACUGCUUAUAUUCUCUCUGUGCUGGUACAGGAAACGUUAGACUUCUGACCAACAUUCUGCUUGUUCAGUGGAUUAGUAUUGGCCAACAGAGUAACUUCUAAUAGGUUUAAGGUACAAAAUCAGUGUAAUUUCACAUACUCCAGAUGAUAAUUUUUUUCCUUCUGUAUUAUGUAUGCAAUGUAUUCUUUACAGGCUGUUACAUUCCCCGCUUAACAAAUCGACGUUUGCUUCCCUGUGUUGAAUAGAUUUACCAUUAUUUCCGCUAAGAUUUACACAAAACCCACGCACACAAUGUGUGUUGUGGUAUUCAGGUAUUUAUAGGUUAGCUGUGUUUUAACUGGAAAUACCAUUGUAAAGGAGUAGUUGGUUUAAAAGAAAACACAAUUGGGGAAAAAAAGUUUGGUUUAUAAACACAAAGAAAUCCCAACCAAAAUAACCUUUUGAGGAUCCCAUGCAGGACUUUAAUACUAUGAUAUUUUUCCUAGUGUUAUUAAAAGAAUUCAACAGAA